CCUCUCUCCACUCCCUCAGGCCCCCAUCCUCUCUGUCUCCCUCUCCACCCUCUCUCCACUCCCUCAGAUCCACAUUCACUCUCUCACCUUCGAGCCUCUUGGAGCCAGAGUCACCUCCGUUACCCAAAGGUCUUCAGGCCUCCAGGUUUAUUUACCCCAAACACCUGCCUGACAGGUUGUCACCUCCAAAACCUCUCUCCCUGAAGUCUCAGUCAUCGCCGUCACCACCACAACCCUUAUCGUCCGCCUUGCCGUACUCUCAGUCACCUAGGAAACAAUUAUCCAGCAGGUCACAAAAUACCAAGUCACCUAGUGACCCUCUCUCUCCCAUGUCACCAGGAAGUCCUGCGUCCUACAGGUCACCUCCAAAACCGUUAUCCACCAUGUCAACGCCAUCACCUCCACAUGCUCUGUCGUCUAGGAAGGUGUCGAUUCCAUCACAAGAGGAACCCCUAUCCACCCAGUCAGCCAUGUCAUCCCACCCCUCUCCUUCUCUUUCCCUGAUGAGUGACCCACCACCACACUCCUCUGACACACUGACAAACUACAGCUCCCAGCAGACACCACGAGUGCUCUCAGGGUCAGGGAUCAGAAUGUCACACAGUCCAGCCCUCUUUCCCAGGAUGCCUGCAACAGAUGUUGACAUGGAGUCAUCCAGUGACAGCCCGGGCCUGACGCCCUGCGAAGAAGACUCCUCAGACGAGGAGAUGAAGAUGGAUGGAUGUUUAGAGGAGUGGGGGGGUAGUGCGGAGCACAGAUGCUCUACCUUCCUCUCUCCCACCCUUCUCCCAGAGGGUUCCCCUGUCUUCCUAACAGCCCUGGACCCAGAACCAGAGACAGGAGAGCUGGUCCCAGAACCAUCCAUGGCGCUGCGUGCUGUGGCCCAGAGAGAGCCGUCCGAGGUGCGGAACUUCUGUGGUCUUGAGGGCUUCCUCAUCCUGAUGGACCUCGGUUCUCCACAGCCCAGCCCACGUCCCACACAUUCUCACCCAGACACACAGGACAGCGUACACACACUCACAACAGGGGCAGACAGCUGGAUGCCCUGUAGCAGCUUCAGAGGCUGUGCUGAGGAACACCUGGUUACCACGGUGAUGAUGAACAGCCUCAGUCACGUAGCCACACCCACCCGGAGAGGAGCAUCUCAGAUGUAUACAUCUGGCAGAUCUACUCCAAGGCGGUCCUCACGUCCUACCAGUGCUCUGUCUCGCCCUGUCUCUGGCACCAUGUCCCAUCCCGUGUCCCGUCCUCUGUCUCGGGCGGCUAAGGAGAUCCUGGACAUCUGUCUCGUGGACCAGACGGGCUGUGAGGACCCUGACCUGGAGCAGGACAUAGACACACAGGCUCUCAGCAGCCUGGUGGAGGAGUUCCGAUUGAUGGCUACAGAUUCAGAUCUGUCCCAGGUGUCCACCUCUGCGGGGGGCGGAGCUGAAAAAGAGGGGCGUGUCAGGAGGCGGGGCUCCCUUCGACUCGGAGCCAGCGAGUGUCAUUCAGACGAGGAGGAGGAGACUCUGAGAGACCAGCAGAGUGUCCUGUCACUUCCCUGACCCAUUACACUCUCAACAUGGUAACACACUCAGGAGACACUCUCAACAUGGUAACACUCAGGAGACACUCUCAGCAUGGUAACACUCAGGAGACACUCUCAACAUGGUAACACUCAGGAGACACUCUCAGCAUGGUAACACUCAGGAGACACUCUCAACAUGGUAACACUCAGGAGACACUCUCAGCAUGGUAACACUCAGGAGACACUCUCAGCAUGGUAACACUCAGGAGACACUCUCAACAUGGUAACACACUCAGGAGACACUCUCAACAUGGCAACACUCAGGAGACACUCUCAGCAUGGUAACACUCAGGAGACACUCUCAGCAUGGUAACACUCAGGAGACACUCUCAACAUGGUAACACUCAGGAGACACUCUCAACAUGGUAACACACUCAGGAGACACUCUCAGCAUGGUAACACUCAGGAGACACUCUCAACAUGGUAACACUCAGGAGACACUCUCAACAUGGUAACACUCAGGAGACACUCUCAACAUGGUAACACUCGGGAGACACUCUCAACAUGGUAACACACUCAGGAGACACUCUCAACAUGGUAACACUCAGGAGACACUCUCAACAUGGUAACACUCAGGAGACACUCUCAACAUGGUAACACUCAGGAGACACUCUCAACAUGGUAACACACUCAGGAGACACUCUCAACAUGGUAACACACUCAGGAGACACUCUCAACAUGGUAACACUCAGGAGAUACUCUCAACAUGGUAACACACUCAGGAGACACUCUCAGCAUGGUAACACUCAGGAGACACUCUCAGCAUGGUAACACUCAGGAGACACUCUCAGCAUGGUAACACUCAGGAGACACUCUCAACAUGGUAACACUCAGGAGACACUCUUAACAUGGUAACACACUCAGGAGACACUCUCAACAUGGUAACACUCAGGAGACACUCUCAACAUGGUAACACACUCAGGAGACACUCUCAACAUGGUAACACUCAGGAGAAACUCUUAACUUAACAUGGUAACACACUCAGGAGACACUCUCAACAUGGUAACACACUCAGGAGACACUCUCAACAUGGUAACACUCAGGAGACACUCUCAACAUGGUAACACACUCAGGAGACACUCUCAACAUGGUAACACUCAGGAGACACUCUCAACAUGGUAACACUCAGGAGACACUCUCAACAUGGUAACACUCAGGAGACGCUCUUAACAUGGUAACACACUCAGGAGACACUCUCAACAUGGUAACACACUCAGGAGACACUAUUAACAUGGUAACACUCAGGAGACACUCUUAACAUGGUAACACACUCAGGAGACACUCUCAACAUGGUAACACACUCAGGAGACACUCUCAACAUGGUAACACACUCAGGAGACACUCUCAACAUGGUAACACUCAGGAGACACUCUCAACAUGGUAACACUCAGGAGACACUCUCAACAUGGUAACACACUCAGGAGACACUAUUAACAUGGUAACACUCAGGAGGCACUCUCAACAUGGUAACACUCAGGAGACACUCUCAACAUGGUAACACACUCAGGAGACACUCUCAGCAUGGUAACACUCAGGAGACACUCUCAGCAUGGUAACACACUCAGGAGACACUCUCAACAUGGUAACACUCAGGAGACACUCUUAACAUGGUAACACACUCAGGAGACACUCUCAACAUGGUAACACACUCAGGAGACACUCUCAACAUGGUAACACACUCAGGAGACACUCUCAACAUGGUAACACACUCAGGAGACACUCUCAACAUGGUAACACUCAGGAGACACUCUCAACAUGGUAACACUCAGGAGACACUCAACAUGGUAACACUCAGGAGACACUCUCAACAUGGUAACACUCAGGAGACACUCUCAACAUGGUAACACUCAGGAGACACUCUCAACAUGGUAACACACUCAGGAGACACUCUCAACAUGGUAACACUCAGGAGACACUCUCAACAUGGUAACACUCAGGAGACACUCUCAACAUGGUAACACUCAGGAGACACUCUCAGCAUGGUAACACUCAGGAGACACUCUCAACAUGGUAACACACUCAGGAGACACUCUCAACAUGGCAACACUCAGGAGACACUCUCAGCAUGGUAACACUCAGGAGACACUCUCAGCAUGGUAACACUCAGGAGACACUCUCAACAUGGUAACACUCAGGAGACACUCUUAACAUGGUAACACACUCAGGAGACACUCUCAGCAUGGUAACACUCAGGAGACACUCUCAACAUGGUAACACUCAGGAGACACUCUCAACAUGGUAACACUCAGGAGACACUCUCAACAUGGUAACACUCGGGAGACACUCUCAACAUGGUAACACACUCAGGAGACACUCUCAACAUGGUAACACUCAGGAGACACUCUCAACAUGGUAACACACUCAGGAGACACUCUCAACAUGGUAACACUCAGGAGACACUCUCAACAUGGUAACACACUCAGGAGACACUCUCACACACACACGACACACUCAACAUGGUAAAACACACCCACAGGUCUACACUUCCUCUGGUACUGGUACUGGUACUGGUUGAGCUGAACCCUCACCAUGCAGGUCUACACUGCCUCUGGUACUGGUACUGGUACUGCCUCUGGUACUGGUACUGGUUGAGCUGAACCCUCACCAUGCAGGUCUACACUGCUUCUCUACUGGUACCAACGCCAUACGUUUAUUUUACGGAUCACAGAAGAACAACAUAAAGACAUGCGUUCCUGUGGUGCUGUGAUACUGUGGUGCUGUGGUACUGUGGUGCUGUGAUACUGUGAUGCUCUGAUACUGUGGUGCUCUGAUACUGUGGUACUGUGGUGCUGUGGUGCUGUGAUACUGUGAUGCUCUGAUACUGUGAUACUGUGAUACUGUGAUGCUCUGAUACUGUGAUACUGUGAUAUAACAUGGUUCAUCUGCCAGGUUCAUUUCAUAGGCCGUUUCAUUUGAUCCUUGUGUUCAGAAAGGUUGAAUAUUUGGUCAUGUGCAGUGCUGUGGUAUUGUAAUAAAAGUAGAUUAUUGGUUGA